AAAGCCCGCCUCUUCUUCAGCACUUCCUUUUCCUUUUCCAAGAUGGUGUUCCUAACCUCCAGUUUGUGGCUCCGGAGUCGUUUGACCGACCGCUUCUGGCGCAAGCAAGAGGUGCUUCAGCAUGCCCGGCAUUUCCGGGGAAGGAAGAACCGGUGCUACGCCUUGGCGGUCCGGGCUGUGCGGAGGGCCUUCGUGUAUGCAACCAACGCCCGGUGCCUCAAGAAGAGAGACAUGAGAAAGCUUUGGGAGACCAGGAUUGAAGCCGCAUCUCUUGAACACGGUGUGCAGUACCACGUCUUCAUGAGCGGCCUUUAUAAGUGUCAAGUGGAACUGAACCGGAAAGCGCUGGCCGACCUGGCGAUCUACGAGCCGAGGACGUUCAAGUCCUUAGCUGCUUUAGCCAAAAGGAGAGGAGAAGAAGGCCUGCUUGCUGCCCAAGGAGAUGGAAAGGAACCCAAUGGGAUAUUCUCACGUCUUUUUAAAUAUGUUUGAAGGUGUCGCUGGGCUUAAAUUAAAAAUGGGACUGUUUUGGAAAA